GGUCAUGAAAGCCCUUGACUGAGGUGUUGAAGCUGCUGUUUGACAGGGUGAUAUAUAAAAUUGUUAUAUUAAUAACGUUGUGUGGUGCUGCCUAUGACUUAUACCGGAAUGUAUCUCAUCUGUCAUUUCUUUGUCGAUGCAUGCAACAAUGUCCAUUUAUGAAUAUGCAUUUUAUAUAUAUAUAUAUAUUCCCUUUUCUUGGUUUCCAUAAUUUCAGUGCAGUUAACUUAUUCAGUAGUUUUAAAAUGGCCUUCCCAGGCCCUGUAGUGGGUCCUUGACGUUCAUAUUUCCCGUUCUUAAGGCAUUAUCUCACGCUUGUAGUCAUCUGUUCCUCUUUUUCGAAUACCAUUGUUGAAUAUGAUGCCUUUAGCGUUUGUUGCACUAUCAGAUUCUUGUACCGUUUAAUGGACUGCUAAUACCUACAAAGAAACAUUUAUGACUGCGGUAAAGUUGUUUUUAUAUUGGAUAUUCGUUAUACAUUCGAUCCUUCCUUUAACAUUAAUUGGUAUGUAAUCGUAAAAUAGUGACGGUUCAUGCUUUGUUUCGUUCAGAUAAUACUGUAAAUCGUAAUAGCAAAAGUAAUUAUGAUGUUUUUCGAUAAAUGUAAUUGCUUGCAUCAAAAGUAAAAAACGCUCAACAGCGAUCCCAACUAGGGCAAUCCAAGUUAGGGAGUGUCUCAAAAGUGCAAAACGCACAAAUAUCUGCUGUCAUUCUGGACAAAUGAGACACCACAGAAUCUGGAUGUGUUGCUAUGGCUCUCAGACUUGACAAGGCCUUUUCAGACACCUCCUCGCAGAUGGAGAACAAGAGCCAUGGGAGGUGGAAGACCAGGAUCCCAGAGUUCAUUCGCAAUGGUCACUCUAGACCAUUCAGUCAUGGGUCAAGUGAGUUGUCAAGGCCUGCACAUGUCCAGGAGGCCAAGGAUUCAGAAAAAGAACAGAUUGGUUGCAGAAAGACAGUUACCAUGGCACCUGUUUCCAGGUAUAUGACAGACAGAAGCCUCUACACCAUGAGAAAACCACUGAUCUCCUCACAAAGCUGGAUGCCUAUACUGAAGAAUCCAUCCACGCAUGAAGACUCAAAGAGGGAAGCUCAGAUGAGCUAUAAAUCAGAUUUCGCUAAAAAAAAGGAAAAAAGUCUGCCUAAGCAAUCAUACAGAGAUAUCACAGAUGUUUCUCCAUCUUAUACAUUCUCCCCACCACUGUCCAGAGAGGACCUAGAUACCUCCAUGAGCAUAUCAGACCUCUGGAAGUGGUCACAUGAUGAGGAGCCUAUUUUUAACACUUCAGCCAACAAACGCAGCCAGUCUAGCCCCCCUUUAGCUUCUGUGAGCUUUACCGCACCCCCAGUGCCUAAGUGGAUAUCCACUCCCCGAAACACUUCUCAUUCGUCCAACCAUACUUCUCGUUUCACCAGAAAGGUUAAUACAAAAACAGGUGAGAUGGAGAAAGGAAGAGAUUCUCUUCUUAACACAGAAUCUUCCCAGUAUCUCUGUAAGAACCAUCCAGUUGGUCUCAAACACAUGUCCCCUUAUCAGGCCAACUAUUGGGCCUGUGCGAUUCCCAACUCCAUGCCACCCUCCCCAAACCGCAAAUCCCCUAACUGGGAUCCUGAAAAGGAAUACCAGGCACUCCUAGACUAUACAUACCCUCUGAGACCCAACAUGGCCAAUAAAUGGAGUUCACUAGAGUCAGAGUCUCUGUUACGAACUGAUCCACUGGUGCAAGACUCAGGCAUUGAGUUGGACCACUUUUGCAGCUCUUCCACUCUGUCUUGUUUGGACCUAUCCCACGGAGGGACUGGACAGGGAAGGUAUAGUCCAGCAUCAGGUCAAAGAUCAGCUGAAUUUCAGAGUCUAAAUCUAAAGAAACUAUUACAUUCUAGGUCCUCAGAUGGUAUACUGUCUAGUAGCUUGUAUUCUUCACUAGAUCAAGCUGGCUUGUCUGUUGAGAGUCUGGACUGUGACUGGAAGCAAGGGGUUCACUACCGUAAAUUUGGUAUCUUCUCCACAUUCAGGUCUGUCCCCACAUUCAUUAGUUCAACACACAUUCUACCCCGCCCUGAUUCACAGGGCGAAUGGGAUGAAGAGUUCCUUCGCCUUCCUGAACAGCUACAAGAACUUAAGGUGCUUACACAGCAGCUGAGGGACAUUCAUGCUCAGAUGAGCCAGCCGGUCACCACCAGCUGGGAAUCUCUUGAAAGCGAGAUUGCAUCUCUUAGGUCACCACCGGUUGUUGGAAAGCAGGAACCAGUGGUGGAUCAAAGAAGUGAGGAAGGUAUUGAAGUAGAGAGGGUAUCUAUAUCUGAAAGCCCUCUUCAAAGUGAGGAUCAUUUAGAGGAGGCUAAGGAGCCUGAUGCCAGAAUGCAGAUGAUUAGCCAAGAGAUGAACAGGAGUAGCCUGAGGGAGGUGGAAGCCAUUAUGGAUCAGCUGAGUGGGAUAUCUAUGUCUGAGAUUCAGAGGACAGUACAAACAGACCAGGAUGAAGAAGAGAACAAUGAGUCACUCAUGCAGCACAUACAGGCAUUUUGCUCAAACCUAGAAAAGCUGAUCCAUUGGCUGUACAAGGUGGUAGAGAAAGUGGAGGUUCUUUCUCCACCUGUGGUUGAUUUAGAGAGUGUCAAAGCUUCCAUGGCUAAAUAUAAGAGUUUCCAGGAAGAAGUCCAAGCCCAUAAGCCCCUUACAGCAGAUGUUCUGCAGACUGGAGAGAUGCUUUUGCAUUGCAUGAACUCAGCCUCUCCAUUUCUUAAGGAGACAUUGGUGCUGAUAGAGAGGCAGUCUCGUACACUGGAAACACAUUCAGAGUAUCUUUUCUCCUCUAUUCUGUCAGCCACGAACUGUCUCACUGACCCCAGGACUCAGGAAGCCUCAGAAGGGAUUUCCUGAGAAUUAGUCUUGGAAAGUGUUGUGAAAAACAGGAAGGCUCAGUCUGCUCGCUUUCUUCGAUGAGACGUCCUUUUUGUUCACCUGGUGUUUUAUCAAUUCCAUAUCAAGAGGACAAUAACCUUAAACUACUAAGUACUUGAUAAAACAUGUCAUUAUUGUUUCCUUCAUAUUUUAUACUUUAUAACAGGUCUGCUUUAUCCAAAAGUGGUGUUAUGUUUGCUGUUUAUUUGAAUCUCACAAGUUUGUGUUGUCACAACAUAUGUGAUGAACUUGAAUGAAUUGCCUGUCUUUACAUACUCAUGUCAGAAAAUGCCUUGAGGUGACCUAAUAGAGUUUUAAAGUUCUGCUCUACUGAAGAGGUGGACAGACACAGUGCCAAUCAAGAAUGUGAUCUCAGGUUAUUACCCUAUUAAGUUUUAAUAGAGAGCAGUCCAGCCUUCAUUUGCAUCUGUCUUUAGUUUCCCCUCUGAAUCUAAGCAACCUGUGCCUGAAUGACAUAUUUGUAUUCUAUUUUUGGAUUAAUAAUUAGUGUAAUUAAUAGAAUGAUGAUUAAACAUUUCUGGAUUGAA